ACUUAAAUGACAGCAAUGAAUCCAGUUCCUUCCAGCUUCCAACCUGAAACCUUCAGGAAAGAAAGAGGAAGCCGAAUGCCCUAGUUGAGUCACCCCGGGGAGCCACUGCUGUAUUUUGGGUACCGAACUCCUAAACGCGAAGGGCCGCGUGGAUUCGGCGAAUUUUGAAGCGUCCUGGUUCUUAUCACAAAUUCAAGAGUGAAAACACUACCCACCAAUGAAAAGCUCCAGGGCCAGUGUUGACUGUAUCGAGUUCGGGGCGAGCAAGGGGUGGAGCCCAGACUUUAUUGACCCAAUUAGAGACCGUGUCCAAUAUAUGUGCAUCCUGUUCGUAUAUCACUGGCAUCAGGAAAGCUUCCUGUUGCUUUGAGAGAAGACCAUCACCGACAUUGUGGACCUCCCAACUGUACAAGACUAAUCAACACUGACCAUCUUUGACAGAUUGAUACUAACUAGAUUUAUAGGGCUCCCUUGAGUAUGAACGCAUAAUGAAGCGCCGACUGGAUGAGCAGGAAACGGUUUAUGCGCCUCAACAGCGUCGGAUUGCAAGCAGCACUGAAACAUUUUCACACCAGCAUCGGGUGCUGGCCCCAGCACCCCCUGUCUACGAAGCUGUAUCAGAGAACAUGCAGCCCACUGCCGGCAUUCAGUACUCAGUUGCCCCAGGAUACCAGGUUUCAGCUAUGCCGCAGAGCUCUGGCAGUCACAGCCAUACUCCAGCUGUACACAGCGGGCACCAUCACACUGCGUCAGUUCAGCCUCACGGACAGCAGGUGGUUACCCAGAGCCAUGCCCAUCCUCCAGGAGCACCAGCCACACCGGUCCAAGGUCAGCAGCAAUUCCAGAGGUUAAAGGUUGAAGAUGCUUUGUCUUAUCUUGACCAGGUGAAGUUACAGUUUGGAAACCAACCUCAGGUUUACAAUGACUUUCUGGACAUUAUGAAGGAGUUCAAAUCACAGAGCAUUGAUACUCCUGGAGUGAUCAGCCGGGUUUCCCAGCUCUUCAAAGGGCAUCCUGACCUCAUCAUGGGCUUCAACACCUUCCUGCCUCCAGGCUACAAAAUUGAGGUGCAGACAAAUGACUUAGUGAAUGUGACAACGCCAGGGCAAGUUCAUCAAAUCACACCUCAGCAUGCUGCCCAGCCGCAGCCCCAGCAACAGCAUCAGCAGCAACCCCAGCAACAUGCUGCCCCUGCCCCAGCACAGCCAGCACCACAACCACCUCCUGCCAAAAUUCCAAAGCCGUUACAGUCACAGACUCAUACUCCAACCAGCCAGCCAAAUGCAUCACUGGCCCCAUAUGCCUCCCCUCGGUCACCUCCAGUGCAACCCCACACGCCAGUCACCAGCGCUCAUACUGCUACACCGCCCAUGCAGAACAACCAGCCUGUGGAGUUCAACCACGCCAUUAAUUAUGUCAACAAGAUCAAAAAUCGUUUCCAGGGACAGCCUGAUAUCUACAAGGCCUUUCUGGAGAUCCUGCACACCUACCAGAAGGAACAGCGGAAUGCAAAAGAAGCCGGUGGGAACUACACACCAGCACUGACUGAGCAGGAGGUAUAUGCCCAGGUAGCAAGGCUCUUUAAAAACCAAGAAGACCUUCUUUCAGAAUUUGGACAGUUCUUACCUGAUGCCAAUAGCUCUGUUCUGCUGAGCAAGACAACAGCAGAGAAAGCUGAUUCUGUUAGGAAUGAUCAUGGUGGCACAGUGAAGAAGCCUCAGCUGAACAAUAACAAACAAAGAAGCAAUCAAAAUGGCUGUCAGAUCCGUCGUCACCCAGGCACAGGAACCACACCACCCGUCAAAAAGAAACCAAAAAUAUUGGCAUUAAAAGACCAGUCCUUGGCUGAAGUCAGUAAGCAUGGAGCUGGAACAGAAACUUUAUUCUUUGAUAAGGUCCGAAAAGCUUUGCGGAGCGCAGAAGCUUAUGAGAACUUCCUACGCUGCCUCGUCAUUUUUAACCAGGAGGUUAUUUCUCGUGCAGAGCUGGUCCAGCUUGUAUUUCCUUUCUUGGGAAAGUUUCCUGAGCUCUUUGUCUGGUUUAAGAAUUUCUUGGGUUAUAAAGAGUCUGCCCAUAUUGAGGCAUUUCCUAAAGAAAGAGCUACGGAGGGCAUUGCAAUGGAAAUUGAUUAUGCUUCUUGUAAACGUCUUGGUUCAAGUUAUCGAGCAUUGCCCAAAAGUUUCCAACAGCCCAAGUGCACAGGCAGAACUCCUCUUUGUAAAGAGGUUCUAAAUGAUACGUGGGUUUCCUUCCCUUCCUGGUCUGAAGACUCUACCUUUGUCAGCUCAAAGAAAACACAGUAUGAAGAGCACAUUUACAGGUGUGAAGAUGAGAGGUUUGAGCUUGAUGUUGUCUUGGAAACAAACCUAGCAACGAUCCGUGUCCUGGAGACUGUUCAGAAGAAGUUGUCACGAAUGUCAGCAGAGGACCAAGCUAAGUUUCGACUGGAUAACACUCUUGGUGGUACUUCAGAAGUCAUUCACCGUAAGGCCAUUCAGAGGAUAUACGCAGACAAGGCUGCAGACAUUCUCGAUGGCUUGAAAAAGAACCCUGCCGUAGCUGUACCCAUUGUGCUGAAAAGAUUAAAAGCAAAGGAGGAAGAAUGGCGAGAAGCACAAAGGGGUUUCAAUAAGAUUUGGAGAGAGCAGAAUGAGAAGUACUACCUGAAAUCUCUUGAUCAUCAAGGAAUCAACUUCAAACAGAACGACACCAAAACGCUGCGUUCCAAAAGCUUGCUGAAUGAGAUAGAGAGCAUAUAUGAUGAGCGACAAGAACAGGCAUCUGAGGAUCACGCACAUGUGACAUCGGGUUCUCACUUAAGCUUUGUUUAUGAGGACAAGCAGAUCAUGGAGGAUGCAGCCUCCCUUAUUAUCCACCACGUGAAGCGACAGGCUGGGAUACAGAAGGAAGAUAAAUACAAAAUUAAACAGAUAAUUUAUCACUUCGUCCCAGAUCUGUUGUUUGCUCAGCGUGGCGAGCUGUCAGAUGUGGAGGAUGAGAAAGAAGAUGAGGAGGAUGAGGAGAUGGACAUUGAUGAGAGCACAGGGACAACAAAAAAGCACAAUGGCAUUAACAGUAGCCCUUCCAAGCAAAAACUGAUGUUCAGCAACACAGGAGCACAGAAACUGCGGGGCAUGGACGAUGUGUAUAACCUUUUCUUUGUGAACAAUAACUGGUAUAUCUUCAUCCGGCUUCACCAGAUCCUGUGCUCACGACUUCUGAAGAUUUAUAAUCAGGCAGAGAAGCAGAUUGAAGAGGAAUGCAGAGAGAGGGAACGGGAGAUGCUGACAGGAAAGCGGGACAAAAGUGACAGUCCAGCUAUUCAGCUACGACUGAAGGAACCGAUGGAUAUUGAUGUGGAAGACUAUUACCCAGCUUUCCUUGAUAUGGUGCGGAAUCUUCUGGAUGGCAACAUGGACUCCUCCCAGUAUGAGGACACACUUCGGGAAAUGUUUACAAUUCAUGCAUUCAUCGCUUUUACAAUGGAUAAACUCAUCCAGAGUAUAGUCAGGCAGCUGCAACACAUUGUGAGUGAUGAAAUCUGUAUACAGGUUACUGAUUUGUACCUAGCAGAAAGUAAUAACUGUGCCACUGGAGGUCCCUUGGCAACUAUUUCCUCCCGAGUUGUUAUUGAAAGCAAUUACCAGCGCAAAGCUGAACAGCUCAUGUCAGAUGAGAACUGCUUUAAGCUUACAUUCAUACAUAGCCGAGAACAAGUGUCAUUAACCAUUGACCUAUUGGAUACUGAAGAGGAAAACUCAGACGAUCCUGUGGAAGCAGAGCGCUGGUCAGACUUUUUGGAUCGUUAUAUGAAUUCUGAUUCUACCUCUCCUGAACUACGGGAACAUCUAGCACAGAAACCUGUGUUCCUGCCUAGGAAUCUGCGUCGAAUUCGCAAGUGCCAACGGGGUCGGGAACAGCAGGAAAAGGAAGGGAAGGAAUGCAGCAAUAAGAAAUCUAUUGAAAAUGCAGAGAAUUAUGAUAAAGCACAGUGCAAUUUUAAGCUCAACUCCUACAAGAUGGUAUAUGUCUUCAAAUCAGAAGACUACAUGUACAGGAGAACUGCACUGCUCAGGGCUCGCCAGUCUCACGAGCGAGUCAGCACACGGUUACACCAGCGGUUUCAGGCUUGGGUGGAUAAAUGGAGCAAGGAGCAUGUCACUCGUGAAAUGGCUGCCGAAACCAAUAAGUGGCUAAUGGGAGAGGGAUUGGAAGGCAUGGUGCCUUGCACAACCACCUGUGAAACGGAAACACUGCACUUCAUGAAAAUCAACAAAUACAGGGUGAAAUACAGUGCUUUAUUCAAGGGACCAUGACCAACUUGCACAGCAGGUCCUCCGUCUCAGUGUGCCCAUGUUGUGGCAUCUCAUCCAAUGCCAUACACCAGCUACACCCAGUAUAUACAUACACGCACACACACCCGCACACACACACACACACAAACACACACACAUACAAAAAACACUGCUAUGUCUUUGUAAAUACUGUGUACAUAUUGUCAAGACUUUUUUUUAAAAAGAACCAAUCUGCAUCAAUGUGCUAGCAUUACCUACUAGCUUAUUGUGUAUCAUAGUAUGAGGUGGCUUGAAGUUAGUUAAUAUGGAAAAAUGAGGCACCAUUAUUAAAGUUUUUACCAAAGGGAUUUCAGAGUAAUUGUAGCUUUCUUUGUGUGUGAAUUUCUGUUAGUGAAAAGAUAUUUCAUUAUGUACAGAACACUUGCAUCAUUAAGUGUCACUGUGCAGCAUGCCAUUACAUUGUACACUUUGGGCCUUUUUUUUUAAGUUUUAAUUCAAGUUUGCUUGUCUAAUAACAACUGGACCAAACUUCAUGGCAGACAUCAUUGGAACUGUCCAAUCACUUUUUCUUUCAUUAUGGAAAUGUUGAACUCUGGGUCUCUGAGGGUAAUUUACCUGUGACCUUUUUUUUAACCUGCCUUGGUCUUCCAAACACAAUUCACUUCCUUUCGGAAGUCUGGCAGACUGCUGGUUCCAGUUUUAUGCAGUAUUUGACCCUAUUGAUUAGUAGCUUCAGGUAUUAAAGGAUGUUAAUGAGCAAGUGGUUGACUGACCGAAAGAUCUUAUGAUUGUGGCAGCUGGCCAUUCAGGUCUUUUUUCAUACUGUACUGUCCUUCCAGUGGUUUUUUUUUUUCAGAACUGAUUUGGUGAUUUAAUAAUUUGGUCACAUUUGACACAGUCCCAGAUUUUCCCGUGCUUCAUUGCAUGUUUCAAGCAACAGUGGUUUCAGCCAUUUGGGCAUUUUAUUUUGAAGAUUUUUUUAAAGCAUCUUGGUACUAGCAUUUGAAGCUCCUUGUGAAUACAGUAGAGACUAUUGGAAAACGAUGAAACACGUUGAGUGAUCCUUCUUUUAAACGGGUCACGAGAAGAGCUUAACAGUUUUGAAAGAUUUUCUACAAAUCUUAAAUUUGGUUGAUGAGAACAUCAUUGCUUGAAAGUGUUCUGAAUGUCUGAAGUACAAGACUGUUAAUUAUGAUGCCUUUGAAAAUCAGUUUUAUACAUUUAAUAACACUUGCCCACUCCCCAUCAUAUUUUAAUGCUCAAGCUAUUCUUUUACCGAUUGGAAGGUGAUUUUUUAAAAAAAGAUGAAGAUUUCAACAAUUUCCAUUUUUGAUUUAUUAGACUCAACAGUAACAGUGCACAUUAGUAGAUAGGUUCCAUUUCACAAAUGGGUGUUCCCACCCGUCUGGACCUUGUAGUCCUCUGUUAGCCACGGAACUGUAUAUUCUGCUUUUGACAAUGUACAAACUGGUAAUUCAGGCUUGCCCUGAUCAUUCAAGAACUUACAACAUUUUAUAAAUUUUUUGUAUGAAUUAGUUUGAAUUAUCUUCAGCCCCACACCCCCAUCUCUGUCAUUUUUCCUGUGUCCACUGACAUGGUUUGUCUGCCUUUACUCCCCAUGCCAAAAUGGGUAGUGGGUUAAUGAGCAUUGGACAAACUGUUCUAAUCGAGGCAAGAUUUGACUAAUGGCAGCUAGAAAAUUGUAUAAUUAAGCUUUUAAUUAUCCACUUGCCCAAUCACUGGGCACUGACCUCAAAUUGUCCAUUUAACACACUGAUUCUGUUCAGAUAGCCACUGUGCUCAUCAACAUCGUGAUCAGAUAAUGUCAAAGACCGAUUUGUACAGUUUGCCCCAGCAACCUCUCUUUUUUUCACUUUGUAAAGUAUAAGAGGCAGGGCUUUUAAGCCAGCUUGUACAAUGCAUAUAUAUGCUUUUUGUAUUCUGUACUGUGAUCUUUGGCCACCCACGUGUGAUUUCUAUACAGAAGUUGUAAACUUGACUUGUAGUUCAGUAUUUCCCAUUAAAAUAUCGCCAG